AUGAAGUGUUUAAAGGUGGACGAAUACAUCAAGCGGACUGCUUCCGUGAGAGAAACGGAACUUUUAUUCCACGAACUCGAGAAUUAUGUAAAGGGUAAGCCCGGGCUUCAGGGUCGCACACUGUGUGACCGGAUCAUCAGAGCUUGUAACCAUCAACUUGGAGUUGGAGGCCUUGACUUGGAGCACAUCGGUCAGUUGGUGAAGCUGAUGGAGCUUUCUCUUCAUGGCUAUGACAUCUUUGCAGCACUUGUGCCUCAGAGCAACCCCUUAUACAUGGAAAAGAUUGUUUUCCAUAUUGUCAAAAAGCUAAGCAGCAUAGAAGUUCACACUCUGUGCAGCCACAUAGCUGGACUACUUUACAGUCGUCUUUCUAAAGCCCAACAGGUAUGCGUUGCUUUCUCUACAAGAGUAUCUUGUGAAGAUGAAGAAGACUACUGUGUUCUUGUGAGGAGCUGUUUUUCCGUGCUGUGGAACGGACUAUCUGCUGCCAAAGACAAGAAAAUCUUGAAUCCUCAAGACAAACUGCGCUGCCAGAUGCAGGCUUUGAGCUUUCUUUUGCUUUUGGACACUGAAAAUGCAACUCCAUCUCUGCCUAAAGCUGUCGUAUACACUGAAGAUAUCGUCACUGAAUUUGAGAGUAGCUGUGGAGUGAUGACAAAGGAGGAUACCUCCAUUCUUCUUCAGGAAAUGAACACACUUUUUAACACAUGUUGGACUGGUGAUCAAGACUCUGACGGGGAUGGCUCAAAGCAGCGUGCAGCAUCACGUUUUUACGUGCUUUCUGAAAUGGUGCUGAUUAUAGUUAAGGUGCUGUGUAAGGCCGGCCACCACAGGCUGGCCUCCUCCUUCCUGAAUGAAAUUGAGAGAAAGGCCUCAGACUUUCUUAGCUGUCAGUGUACAGCAGUGGUGCUUGCCAAAUGGGGAGUAAUGAUUCAUUCAACAGUGAAAGUAGGUGAUGCGGCUCGCCAGGCUUUAACAGAGUGUGCUAGGGCCGUGAGAUCAGUCUCUGGUAACCUGGGUGACAGAGAAGGUCAUGCUCUUCUGGAAGGGUGCAGCUUUGUUGUGUGGGCUGUCGACAGUGGGUAUGACAAGGGUUUAAGUGGACUGGUGCUACUGGCUUUGUUUUCUUUUUUUGAGGAACACCAAGAGUGCGUAAUGAGGAUACUAAACAAGAACUUGUCAUGCCAGGCCCAGUGCAGCAGACUACAGAAGUCGCUUUGCUUCAGUAUUUACAAAGGCUUUGAGUUUGCCUAUGAGAGCAUGCUUGCAUCUGAGCUGGAGGACAGUGACACACUGGAAAGAGUGCUGCUCUACUGCCAAGCCACAGCUGGACUGAUGAUGACAGAACUGCAUAAACUGUCUAGUGAAAACCUUGUCAUCAAAGCAGUAAUUGCUGUGAGCAACUUGGCUUGUGGGUUGUACAACAGACGUCUCUAUGACAAAGCCUUUAUCCUAGUUGAAAUCCUCUGCAGGGAUCUGUGCAAAAAUUGCCCUGCCUCUCUCUCUGUGGAUAGGUUGAGCCGGCCCUUCAUGUUGGCUGUGCAAACUUCACGGCGGACUGGGCAGUAUGAUCGAGCUCUGGACUGGGUGAUCCUGUGGCUGAAGGCUUUGGGGGACAAAAUCACUGCUCACAUGACUGAACCUGUAUCGCUGUGGGUGAAAACAAAGACUGAUGCAGCGUGUAAUUCUGAAGAAGACAUUAGGCUCAGGACGUUGCGUGACGGUUUUGGUCCUGAUGUACCUGAUGAGAAUGUAAUGCUGCGCCUUUUGGAGGAAGAGCUUAGUGCCUACAAGGAGAUGCCAGGAGAUACAGCCCAGGAACGGUACAACACUCUGUGUGAUCUGUUGGAUAUCUGUCACGAGGAGAGUUCCCAUAUACAUCUGCGGGCUGUUUACCUCUGUGAAAUGGCCAAAGUUGUGUGCUUCCAGGAUUUCAGUGAACAGACUGACUGCUCAGCAGUGGAUUUUAUUCACGAAGCUCUACGCCUUCUUGAUGAAGAACCAGAGACUCCAGAGAAUGCAGACAAACUGAAGGAUGACAAAGCCCAUGCUUUGCUAUGGCUUUACAUCUGCACUCUGGAGAAGAACCUUCAGGAGGCCAUUGAUAGUGACAGAAAAAGGAAAGAGCUGCGUGAGCAGACACAGUGUGUGACCAAUUCCAUAGGAAACAAUGAUUUUGAUUAUGAAGACAAGCAGAAAACACAGGACAGUAUUCCAGUUUAUGAAGGGCUGCAUUUCAACCUGACUGCAGAGCACAAGUUGUGUCAGCCGUUGGAAAGCGCUUUGGAUGUUUGGACCACUAUUUUUCAGAGUGAAACCCUGCCUUCUGUCAGGGAGCCAAAAGAGACGUGUCGCUCCAUUGGUGUGACUGCAUCACUGUUCAGACUCAUGGGAAAGCCUCUCCAGGCUUUGAAGGCUCUCCAGAUUUUGACGGACUUCUCAAGAAAACUGGCUGAUAACGAGGCCUGUGCCAGCUCGCUCAUUCAUUCAGCCAGUAUUCUUCUUGAUUUGGGCUCCACAGAACUGGCGCAGACACAGCUAGACCAAGUGGAAUCAGUUCUCCCAAGUAACACAGCAGAGGGAUCUUCAUCCUUGUCUUUACUGGCAAUCCUGGUGAAAGCUCAGUGUCAUUACAACAAUGGGCAGAUUGACUGUGGACUUCGCUGCCUUAUUGAAGUGCUGAAGGAACUAAAGAAGCAGCAGAAACAGUCAAAAAGCUGGUACUUGCUGCGUGCACGGACUCUGCAAACAUGCGCUUCUUUUUUGAGCAUAGAUGCAGCUCUGCUUCCACAAGUUCAGAAAAAUCUUAUAAUGGAACAAGGUAUAAGUACUUCAGAUGGUGCCCUGUACGAGAGCCUAAAGCUUCUUUGCAGCCUUCUGGUCACUUUGGUGGGAAAGGGCCUCUAUGGGACUACCUCCAGCAGCAACAGUAGCACAAACGUGGCUUUCAUCAACCAGGGAGAUAACCUGGCACUUAAGUGGCAGCUGCUUGCAGAACUGCUAAACUGUUCUAAGAAGAUGGUGUCUGUGAGGAGCAACUGCGGGGCCAUUAAUGACGCCAGACUACAGUGUCUAGAAGCCUUGAAACUGGCCAUAAAACUUCAAACACUCAGCCAAUGUUCCGAGUUGCUGGUGAUGAAAGCAGAGUUGGAGCUGAUGCAAGGAGAAAAAGAUGAAAGUAGAACUGAUUUGGACAUCGUCAGAAACCUUCUGGAGCGCUCCACAGAUUUUUCUGAUCAGGUGCAGAGGGCUGAAGUGAAAAUCAAGCCAAGGAAAGGUCGUCCUGUCCAGAGACCUCAGUCUCCUCUUCCAACCAUAGAGGAUGAUCUCAAGGACAUCUUGAGCACCAGGUGGACCUCCAAAGAGCCUAUAGUGAAGGAUCUGUCCAGCUCUCCACCUCUCAAAGCCCUGCCUCACCGCUGGCUGUCGUCACUGACCCAUGAACCUGAAUGUCAGUGCCCUUGCUGCUCCGAACCCUGUCUAGGUCGUGCCACUGCUCGCUGGGCAGCUGCACAAGCUGAUCUGCUUCUUCAGCUGGAUCCGAAUGACACCAGUGUCAGCUCCAAACUUCAAUGGGCAACAUUAUCCCGCUCUAAGACUGUUACUGCCAAACUUGGAGUAAAAUUGGCUAAACUCUUCCCUCUGUACGAUACUGGCAAGCAUAUUUCUAAACCCUCCCUAAUGCAGGAUAUAGUUGGCCGUGUUUAUCUGCACAUGGCUUUGUCUGGGGUAGAUCCGAGCCUUACCAAGGUCUGUGCUAUAUGGAAAAUACUGGAAGCUGGGUUAGCUUUUGUUGAGUCUACACCUUCUCCAAUGCUAAGGCCUGUGAGAGCAGGCCUAAUGACAGCCAAAGCCAUUGCAUCCUUGAUAAGCUUGGCUGCCAAAAACGAAUGCACUCCUGAGGAGCUCUUCUCAAAAGCUUGGACUUGGAAUAUGCCGAAAGAGGGCAAAGACCUGAAAUCAGAACAGAAAACUGAUCCUCCUGCAGCUGUACUGAAAAAAUCUAAAGACGUCAUUAAAAACUCAGUUACUGCUGAUCCAAAAAAGGAGGCAAAGAAGACCAGGUCUGUCAAACCUAAGAUUCGAGUCACAAGCUCCUCAACCAAAGAAAAGAGUCAGGUUCCUAUCACACCAGUAACUGUAAAGUCUUAUCCUUUUGUUAAAGAGCUCAGCUCUUAUGACUUCAACACAGCGGUACCUACUUUGGCCCUUACUCCUGUACAGAAGGUAAGAUGCCCUGCUUCAGUGCAGAAACCAUCAAGGACUGCUCCUAAGCUACAGUUUCAUGUGUAUGAAGAGUUGUCUCCAGUUCAAGGCAAAGCUCAGCCUGUGCCUGCUGCUCCUAAACGAACAAAGAAAUCCCGUUUCAAGGUGGAAUUUAGUGAUGAAAGCGACUCAGAGGCUAAUGCGCAGGUAGAGCCCAAAGUAAAAGCUGAAGCCUCUAAGACACGAACAACUGCUAGGAGAGCUGGCCACAAUACCAAAACAACCCCAGAUGCACCUGCAGAGAAGGUUCCCCCCAAGAGGCAGGUUAGAGGGAAAAAAAGCACCGUGGUUCCUCGUGCUGCUUCUUCUGAGGACGAGACAUUGGUCUGUCGGCCUGGUUCAACAAGAAGAACCAGAAAACAAGUUUCCGCAGCUGCUGCAGAUGCUUUGGAGGAACCAGACACAAUGAGGACCAUUGAUGAGGAAACUCCAGAAGCUCUGGACAUGAGCAUUGAACAACUUAGGACAUCAGAUGCUGAGGACAAUUCAGCUUCAAGUAAAGAUAACAACGUGGAUUUUGAGGUGCUCCGGAGGGAUAUGUGCGGUGAUCUGGAGAGAGAUGAGCUGUUUGUUCUCAGAAGCAGAGGUCAUCUGAGAGAGAAUGCACAAAUCCACCUCUCUCAUGCAGACAGCAGGCCAGACAAUCUCACUUUGGAGGAUGUUCAGUCAUUGCUCCGUUCAGCGUGGUUGACUCUUCAGCACUUCCCCCCUCCCACUAUUUAUCCGACCCUGUGUGCUCUUUUGGCCUUGACCACUGGACAGCAAAACUCCAUAACCACAGCAAUGCUACAUAGCCAUUCUGUGGGCAUCACAAGUCGGCAUCGCACAAUCAGGCAUAUAGCCAGUUGUCUCAAAAAGCUGAAAAAGGCUUCCAGUGAGCUGGAGGACAAGAUGCAUACUCUGAGUCUAAAUGAGCUCACUCAGACUGUGUGUGAACAGAGGCUGACUCAGAUGGAGAACAUCUUUUCAUUCCCAACAGCUGACCCCUCGACUUUUCCAGAGACCCACGGCCAAGAGUUUAUCCAACAAAUCCAGCACCUUCCUUCAGGAGUGACUGCAUGUGUGAUGUCUGUAAUGGGAGUCAAACCAGGAGAAAUGGGCAACAGCAUCAUGCUGACACGUCUGGAGAAAAGUUCUGCUCCUGUCACAGUUUAUAUUGACACAUCUAAACAAAAGCAUCCCAUUAGCCAGUUAGUCCAGGAGAUGGAUAGUAUUCUGGUCGAGCAGAAGGUUGUGAGCUGUGUGUCUGAGAAAGCCAAGUGGUGGGAGGGCCGCAGGGCUCUCGACUCUCGAGUUGAACAACUCUUGAAGGACAUGGAGAGGUUGCUUGGAUGCUGGAGAACCUUCCUUCUACCCCUUUCACUGGAUGCUGAGCUUUCCAAACAGACCCAACACCUUUACAAGGCAUUAUCUGCAAGGGGAGUGCCAGUGGAAGAAGAGAUGUUGAAGGUUCUGCUUUCUGCAUCUCCUGUGCUAUCUGAAGACGAUUUGAAAAGAUUCGCUCUUGGAGUUUCUCCACAGUGGGACACUGAGUGUGAUCAGCUUCUUCACACUGCUGUGUCCCAGCUCUUACAGAGGGAUGAGCCCCGAAAUCAUGUGGUUCUAAUCCUUGACAAGUACCUUCAGAAGUUGCCGUGGGAGAGCAUUCCCGUCUUAAAGUCUAGCUCUGUAAGUCGGAUGCCUUCUCUGCACUCGCUGCUUGGACUGAGCAUUCAAAAAGAGACUGACUCCGAGUCUAUUUUGAGGCGUGGUGUGGAUGCAAAGAAAGUGUUUUAUGUGCUCGAUCCUGAUGACAAUUUAGGAAACUCCCAGGAGCGUUUCAAAGACUGGUUUUGCAGUAAACCAGACUGGGAAGGAGUGUGUGGAGUUGCACCUGACUUGGGCCGACUAGAAGAAGCUGUUGCUACAAAAGACGUCUACAUUUAUGUGGGCCAUGGAGCAGGAGCCCGGUUCCUGGACAGCCAGGCUGUUCUCAAACGGCCGCUGAGGGCAGCAUCUCUGCUGUUUGGCUGCAGCAGCGGAGCCCUGGCUGUCCGGGGACAGCAGGAAGGAAAUGGCAUUGUGCUAAAUUACAUCAUAGCAGGCUGCCCAUUCAUCUUGGGAAAUCUCUGGGAUGUCACAGAUCGGGAUAUUGAUCGCUUCACCAAGGCCUUGUUAGAGUCGUGGUUUUCUGCUGGCUCCGGGGCACCGCUCCUCGACUUCAUGGGGUCGUCUCGGCAGGCCACUCACUUGAAAUAUCUGAUAGGCGCUGCGCCCGUGGUAUACGGCCUGCCAGUGCACUUAUCAUAG